AGUUUUCUACAAAUCAAGUAACAAAAUUACACAAAUAUUCAAUAUUUCAAAAAUAUGUGUUAAAGCAAACAUCUAUUGGCAGUCAAUGUACUAAAUACUCAUAUUCUUUACACGGCAAUCGAUAGCUGUUUGAUUUGACGCAUAUAUUUGGUUUGAGUCCCGGCUGAAUACUCACAUAGUCGAAUACGUUUCGCAAUAGAAAUAUCAAAAUUCUCCGUGUGGACUCAAUCUGGAUUGGAUGAAACACUAAAUUGCCAGUGUAUUCCCCUCGAUUUUCUAGCGACGCAAAAUUCUCAGUGCAACCCAAAAAAAAAAAGCAUAGUCUUCAACAACAAAAUCAACCAACCGACCAUCAUCGAUAAAAACAACAACAAGUCUCCCGGAGGAAGUGGCUCCAAAAUAUCCAGUGCAACAGCAGACGAACUUCUCGGCAGGAUUGAGACCAAUAUGUUGUUAAAAGUGCCAUCUGUGGACUGGACGGAUCAAAUAAUUUACGUAGUGGACGACGACGAGUCGCUGUCAGACAUCGACGAUGAGCCAGAUUUUUCCGAAUACAUGUGGAUGGAGAACGAGGAGGAGUUCGACAAGAACGAACUGCAACGGCUGGAGGAGGAAGAGAUUAUGCAGGAGUGUUUUGAAGCCAUGAUAGAAGACGAGCUGGAGGAGCAGAUCAACGAAUGGGAGAAGGCCAAGACGGACGAGCAGAACACGGCACUUUCCGCACUUCCUAAGAGCCAGUGUGAUGUUGAAAAGUCUGUUCUAAAUCCAAUGGCUGAUGAGUUUGUUCCGCGUUGUCAUGUUAUAGAUUUCCCAGCCUCAUAAAGCCAGCCCAUAUCUCCUGCCCGCCACAAAAUCACAAACCACCCCGAACCCGUACCACGUGGACCUCAUACGCGAAAAACCUUAGAUAAACUGAAGAUCCUUUGCUAAGACUCGACUAACAGAUUCCGCUAAUGAGAUUGAGAUUGAUAUUCUGACCAAGUUGAGCCUGAUGGAGCAUUCGGAGCAGUGGCUCAGGAAUAUCUUAUUUCAAGAUACCAAAAUGCUGGAAAAAAAUCUGAAGAUACCAACAAACUCCAAUUGCAGGCGAACGAAAUGCAAACGAAUCAUAUUUAAAAAAAAAAAAACGUUAUAAAAAAACAAAUGAACCACUGCAAAAAUACAAAAAAUAUGUUUAAAAGAAAAACCAACAAAGAAACAAAAACACAACUAAUACUAAGAACAGACAAAUAACAAAUUAACAACUAUGCCACGUACAUUAGAGUACAUUGAAAUUAGAGUUAAAACCGAAUUGUUUGCCGUCAAAUUCGGAGCCCCAGAAAUUCCGAACCCAAAAUGUUAUCGAGAAACGCAGACGCAGGCGCUUGCUGAAGCUAGUGAAAACUUUGGUAUUAACGUACAAAACGAAAACAAAUGACUUUUUACAAGCAACUAAAUCUAAACUACAACUAAACUAUGCCAAUUUCCAGCUAAAGCAACUGUAAGCAACAAACAAGACUCGAUUGUGUUAGAAACAAACAAAGAAACGAACAGAAUUUGUAGCCGUCAUGUCGUUAAAUUGAAAUUCUAUUCAAAGACUUUAAUCGUAGUUUAAAUUGUAAUUAAUUUAACGUCCCGCCCACUGUCUACACUCGUUUUAAGUUGAUCAUCUUGUGAAAUAUACGUGUUUACUAUUUUUUUUUAAAUAAUCUUUCACCAUUGUUAACUCGUUGUACGUUCUUACGCCCAAGUAACAAGAAGCGCUUGUUAACCUUCCCUUCUGACUCUCGCAAUAUUUGUAAUUUACCUACCAAUGUAAUCUAGUGAACUAAACGAAUUGAGAUACUAAUGUUUAACGCCUCUUUAUACAAACAUCAUGCAUAAAUAUGUAUAUCUAGUGUUAAUGGAGGAGACUACAGACAACAACAACUCUGCAAUAACAAGUAGUUUUGUAAUCUUAAGUAUAAAAUUUGUUUGAUGCAAAUGCACAAAGCCCUCAUCGAUUUGUUAAUAUCGUUAAAAUUCGUUUCGGCAUGUAGACAAAGAUGAAUUUCUAUUUUUUCAAUCAGCUUAGAUUUAGUGACUUAAGACAGCAUUAAAAGAUCUACUACAUUA